AUGUCGGCUGCCGCCAACGCAUCGUCGAAAGACCGCCAGUUCAUUGCCGUUAUCGGUGAUGAGGACUCGGUGACGGGCCUCCUCCUCGCGGGCGUCGGCCAUGUCACGCCGCCGCCAAACGCGUCAAAGAACUUCCUAGUCGUGGAUGCAAAGACGGGCACGGACAAGAUUGAGGCUGCGUUUGACGACUUUAUCAACAGGAAGGACAUCGGCAUUUUGCUGAUCAACCAGCAUAUUGCGGAGAAGAUCAGAUACAGGAUUGAUACGUAUACGGCUGCGUUCCCGGCGGUGCUGGAGAUCCCGAGUAAGGACCAUCCGUAUGACCCGGAGAAGGAUAGUGUGUUGAGGAGGGUCAGGAGGUUGUUUGGUGAAUAG